AUGCAUGUCUGGAUUUUAUUAUUUGUGUGUAUUCUAACCACAAAAGCUCAAGAAUUACUAACAUUUGGUACUGGUCUAUCCAGUCAACGUCUUUAUAAAACUGAGACUGAAAUUUUCAGUCAUACACUUUCUCCUGGUUCAACUUUUGGUGUUCUUACACAUUUUUGGACAACUGGUGAUCCAGAAAUUGAUACAUCUACUUUUUCGUAUUAUAUCGAUGGAGAAGCUGUUCCAUCAAUUCAAUUUAUAACUUAUAUGUUAGCUGGAGCUGGAUUUAAUGAUAGAGCUGCACCAUGGGGAACAAAAUGGAUUGGUAAAGGAGCAAAAUCUGGUGGUUGGUACAAUAAUUUUCGAGUACCAUUUCAAAAAUCAAUUCGAGUUACUGGUAAAUUACCAUCGACUAGUUCAGAUGAUAAAAUCAUUUGGAUAAUUGUUCGUGGAACAGAAAAUUUACCAACAUCAUUUCAAGGUUUUCAACUUCCAUCAACUGCUCGUUUAACUUUACAUAAAAUUGAAGGUGUAACAUACGAUCCUUUAGCAUGGGUACGUGUUGUUGAUAUACCAACUGGUCAUGGUUUACUUUUUUCACAUACAUUAGCUGUUAGCAGUGGAAAUUUAAAUUUCUUAGAAGGUUGUUAUCAUGCUUAUCCACAAUAUGAACAAAAAUUUCCAGGCUUAAUUAUAUCAACAGGAACUGAAGAUUAUUUUGAUAGUGCUUUUUAUUUUGAUGCUGGCGAAUUUCAUUUUGAAGUUUCAGGUUUUACACAUUUUCAACAAGUAACAAGUAGUACACUUGAAUGGUCAGCAUAUCGUAUGCAUGAUUUAGAUCCUGUAUUUUUUACAAAUGGUUUUCGUUUCGACUGGAGAAAUGGUGAUGUUGUAGAUGAUCGUGGAUUUAAAUGUAUUGUUGAUCAAGGUGGACAUGUUGUUGGAACACCUACACAAUCAAACGUCACAUCAUAUGCAUGGGUUUAUGUUUGGUAA